AUGGACCAGGACCUGGGCAAGACGGAGCUGGACGAGAAGCGGAAGCGUGCCCAGCCAAGCCGAGAGCCGAGCCCACGGCUGCAGCCAGCAGCGCUGAGUGGGAGUUUGUGUCGGAGGCCCCGCCGUUCCCUUUCGAGAGCAGUGGCAGCCCUCAAGCCCACCGUGGCCACCAAGAAGCCCAUGGAGCCCGAGCAGCACAUCGUGAUCCCGGUCAAGGCCAAGGACAUCGAGGUGCAUGACGUGCUCAGCUUUGCAAAGGUGAGACCUCUGGAGCUUGAGAGGGGCUGGACACGCGAUGAAGUGGUGGAGCGCCUUCGCCGACUCUACCGGGGCGAGCUGGUUUUGAAGAAGGGCUGCACCAAGAGAUGGGUGCAACUUCGCGAGUACCAAGGCCCCCUGGUGCCACCGGCGACACAAGGCUACACGAAGGAGCCCGAGAAGCCCGGCGACCCCGAGAACCCAUGCCGCAUAUUUCGGCCCUACGCAAGCCAAGCCAGCACAGGAAAGGAGACCGCAGCAACCAAGGGCAGCGGGUACCAGGAGGAGAACGCGAAGAUCAUCUGCCCAAGACCGGCUACUUCUUCGGAUGCCGAAGGGGGCACAGCUGACCGGAGCCAAUGUGAGGAGACGAUUUCACCCCACUUCCUCGACUAUGCCAGCCACGGCAAGGAGGUGGAGAUGCAUGGAAUGGAGAAUUCAGGGCCCGAGCCCAAUGAGUUUGAGUUUGAAUUGAAGAGAUCGACACCGCAGACCUUAGUUUUUGCACAAUGCCCUUGCCGCAACAGCACCACGAAUAGAGGGAGGACUGGCCAGACCAAGAACUUUCAUUUCGCCAACGGCCAGUCAGAAAGCCAGCUCACCGUGUGGAAGGUGCCCGUGUACCUCGACAACAUCUACGGUGAGAUUUUCUCGGCGGAGCUGCCCAGCGGCGGGACGCCACUUCUUUUGUCCUUGCCGACUAUGACCGCCUUUGGGAUGGUGUUGGACCUAGCCGCGGGCAAGGUGAAGCCCUUGGCAGAGCCCAAGGGGAACCGGGAGGACCCAGCCGUCACCGCCGAGGACCUCAUCGUCUACUACAUGGCCGAAGGUAGGCUUCCCUUGCUGCACGAGAUGAGCGCAGCAACCCUGGCUUCGCUCCCACGCCGAGGUGAAAAGCCUGACUUGGGAAGAGGAGGCGUGAGCAAGGGCGACAAGUUAGCGCAGGUUUCAGAAAGACGGGCCAAGGAGUUGAGCACAAAGUGCCGGCGGCAAGCCGCCGAGGAUGGCCGCAGUUGGGCGGCCUUGCGCCGCGACUUUACCCUGGCCGAGCAGUGGUGCACCAGAGAUUUCCAGGACACGGUUCUCUUUGAGCCCUACGGCGGCCCGUGCACAGUGACGACCCUGGCCGCGCGUGAGUUCAGUUGGACCAGCAGCCGCCCCUUGGCCACCGACGGCUGUGACUUGCUUUCUCUGUCUUCGGAGAAGGCGACCUGGAGAACCCUCGCCGAGCACAGGCCCUACCUGCUCCUGGUCACCUUCGACAGCCGACUCUGGAGCACUUUGAAAGGAAGGCCGCGAGGGGAGCCAAGUACAAGGAAGAUCGGCCGGCGCAUAGCGGCCCAGCUGGCGCCGGGCCCGGAGUACGCAGGGAUCUUCGACGCCGUCUUGGCCAAGAAGCUCAAGGAGGCCGGGGGCAAGUUCGCUCUGGGAGAUCUUUGCGCCUACGGUUUGCGAGGCCAAGGAAUUCAAAGCACUAUGUGCCUGGACUAUGCCGUGCAGAUGGCUCACUAUGGUGGGAGGCACGCCCUGGCAGCCGGCGACCUGGAUGAGGAAGGCGACGCAGAGAUGGAGGAGCCGUACAGCGACGACACCCCGGACGAGGAUACACCGAGUUCUUCGACAGCGGCUUUUCUUACCUUUGUCCACGACGGACUCCUGGCACCACGGCCGGGUGGAACAGCGAAUGGAUUUUACCUGGACUGGCACCACGGAGUUCUACCUUUGCCGGCGCGAGCCGGAGCAAGCAUGUUUUGGCUAGCCCUGAGGGAGCACCUGCAGGAGGACGGCUGGGAGGAGUCAUGUUUAGAGCCGGCCCUGUUUUACUACAGGGUGAAACAAGUGCUGCAAGGGAUCCUGGUGACCCACGUCGAUGACUUGGAGGGCGGCAUCAAUCCGGACUACCUGGAGGCAGCCUUCAAGAAGUCCUCGGCCGCCCUGGAGUUCGCCAACUACGCUCUGUCACUGAAGCCGGUGCCGGUGCAACGGGACCGGCGACAACACCUCGAGGAGCCCCUGAACGAGCAGGAGAUGGAGCUCUACCAGAGUUCCGCAGGAGAAUUGGGGUGGUUGGCCCGGCAGCUCAGACGCGACCUGGCAUACGAAAACGGGGUGGCUCAGCGAGCCAAACUGGACGCCCGAGUGGCCGAUCUGAUUCGGCUGAAGCAGUUCAUUGGGGCUGCGCGCCGGGGAGCCGACUUUCACCUACGGUUCUGGGCCGACGUGUCCCUGAAGGACAGUGUUGUGGUCCACCUGUCGGACGCAGGCCACGCCAACGGCACGCCCGAGCACGACGAGAAGGUGCGCUACAGGAGCGUGGGCGGCUACUUCAUCCUCCUCGCGAACAAGGGGAUCCUGGAAGGGAAACAGGUGAAGGCCAAUGUCUUGGCUUUCAACUCGGGGCAGACCAAACGAGUCUGCCGGUCGACUUUGGCCGCAGAGGCUUCGCACUUGGCGGAGGCCGUGGAGGCUGGCGACUGGAUCAUAGUGGUCCUCGAGGAGGCCCUGACCGGGAAAGUUGACUUGCAGAACUGGCCGGAGGUGAUCCAACAAAGGCAGCGGAUCUAUGUGACCGAUGCCCGCUCUGUCUACGACUACCUGCAGAAGGAUGCUACGAGUACGAGCUCGGACAAGCAGAUGGCCAUCGAAGGAGCCCUGCUUCGAGAAACAGUUCGCCAGCCCGGCGCCGACGUCAAAUGGAUAGAUGGUCAGCAGAACAUGAGCAACGUGCUGACCAAAAGCGGCGCUGACAAGGAGGGCCUCAAGGAGUUCCUCCGGACGGGCCUGAUCGGCCUCACUCAGAGCGAAGCCAACCGGAAGCUGAAGGCCAAACAGCAGGAGCAGCGUGCCAAGCGCAAAGUGGUCAAGAAGGCCAACGACGAAGCCAAGCAACAGCAGCGGAAACAGCAGCUACAGGCGACGAUUUCCCAGCUCAAGGCCAUGCAACUUGGAAGAUGA